ACCACGUGAGGACGCUGUUAACCAGCUGCUUCAACAAAACCACAGAAGAAGAAGCCGCAGCGCGGAGCUUGGAGGUCGUUCCCUGUCUGACAUGGCUACUCUUUAUCCCACUAUAUUGCUUUGUGUUUACGGGUUCUUCUCCAGCACGAGACCGUCAGAACCGUUCCUGACCCUCUACCUGACGGGUCCGGACCAGAACCUGACAGAAACACAGGUGGUCAAUGAGAUCUUUCCCAUCUGGACAUAUUCCUACCUGCUGCUUCUGUUCCCGGUCUUCCUGGCCACAGACUACCUCUGCUACAAGCCUGUGUUGGUGCUGCAGGCCACCAGCCUGGUGGUUACUUAUGUCAUGCUCUGGAAGGCACGGGGUGUCUUGGCCAUGCAGCUCCUGGAGUUUUUCUAUGGACUUGCCACAGCAACAGAGGUGGCCUACUACUCUUAUAUCUACAGCGUGGUGGAACCAGAAAACUACAAGAGAGUGACGGCCUACUGCCGCAGCGUUGCACUGUUCGGCUCAGCUGCCGGGUCUCUGAUUGGUCAGCUCUUGUUCUCCAUGGCUGGUGUUGAGCUGCUGUACCUUGUCAUCAUUACGCUGGUAUCGGCCACGUUGGCCUUUAGUGCCCCCUGGUUUCUUCCAAUGCCCAAAAGGAGUUUGUUUUUCCACAAGAAUCCAAGAGCAACGGAGGAUAGUCCAUCCAGAAGGAGCUGCAGCUCCCAAAUAGACAAGGUGGAAGACUUGCAGAGCCAAGUGUCUAUGCUAUCCCGAUCCUCCGGGGCAGGAGCUCAGAAUGGUGGUCUUCUGGAGGUGUUGAAGAUGCUGCUAAAAGACCUUGUGCAGUGCUAUAAAAGUCGCCCUUUGCUGACCUGGUCGGUGUGGUGGGCCUUGGCUACAUGUGGCUACUUCCAGAUCAUCAACUAUGCUCAACCGCUGUGGGAGACUGUUCGUUCAUCACCUGACGACUCGGUCUACAACGGCUACGUAGAGACACUGUCCACGCUGCUCGGCGCUCUAGCAGCCCUGCUGGUGGGCUACCUGCCUGUGUCCUGGUCUCGGUGGGGGGAGCUGGCUCUGUGUGUCCUCUCCAUGCUCAUGGCCGUGUGUGUGUUUGUCAUGGACCUGCUGAAGAACAUCUGGGUGUGCUACAGCUCCUAUGUCCUCUUCAGAGCCACCUACAUGCUGCUCAUCACCGUGGUCACGUACCAGAUAGCAGCCAGUCUCAGCAUGCAGCGCUACGCCCUGGUGUUUGGGGUGAACACUUUUGGGGCUCUCUUACUGCAGACCUUGCUGACCGUGAUCGUUGUGGACUCUUCAGGCCUAAACUUGAACGUUACCACCCAGUUUCUCAUCUAUGGAGGCUACUUUGCUAUGAUUUCUGUCAUCUUCCUCCUUGCUGGACUCUACAGACUGGCCUCUAUGAGGGGUUCAAAGGAGGAAGGCCUGGAUGACGUCCAAGCAGAGUCCAGCUCUUCUUCGAACAAUGAUGUGACUCGUUCGAUGUGAAGGGUACAACAUGUAGAAACACUUGGAGAGGAUGAGACCAGGUAACCUCGGGUGUCGAUAGGUUUCCCUGUUACAAUCGUAGCCCUAUCAAAGGGAAAUCUGCUCUUCCUUAGACCACUGGCUGGCUAUCACUCAGCCUAGGAAGCCAGUACCAUGGUGGUAGUUUAUCAGGUUUACAAGCUACAUUAUUAGCAACAAUAGCACUUCAACUCUACAGUAUUUAUUCUCUAAAAAGCUUUCCACAUAACAACCAACAAGCGUAUCAUGAACAAUUCUAAUGUUUUUAAGCUGUUACUUAUAUACUUUCCUGUAGUAGCUGCUAUGCUAAUGUUAGCCUGUAUGUUAACACAAGUGAAGAUUCAGUCAGUUGUAUAGCUAGCAGCCUCUAAAUCAGCUACCAGUGUUCAUUUAGCAUCUCUACUAGUAUCUGAUGUUUUGGCUGCUUACAUGCAUUGCGUUAUCGUUGAAUUAAGUUGCGGUAUUCCCCCAGCCACUAGUCUGGUGGGCUGCACCAGUGAUCCAGACCAGUUCAGGAUCGUUCGGCUACAGCAGAUCUACCGAUCACUGUUGUUCAGCAAAAAACUUGCAUCUCUAAAAAUGCUAUUUUUCUAGUAAGUUCCUUAAAGGGGCAUUAUGGAAGUUUGUCAGUCAAAACAUGAAUAGAAAUAAUACAUUUCUUCUUCAUACAUUCUUCUGCAAUGCCCUGGUCCUGUAGAAUGAGCCCUGGCAUUUUUACUGUGAUUGCCUGUUUUUCUGUAAAAUCACAAGAAGAGAGCUGCUUGGGUCGUGCAGGCUGCUUCGUGCGCGUUCACGCUCAGGCAUAGCCCUCCGAACCGUUCUUUGAAAGUUGUUUCAGCUGUCAUCAAGGAUAUAAAUGUUACAGAUACAGAAGACGCUACUGGCGAUUUAGCUCACCUUGUAAGAUUUCGGGCUAUUGUGUCGAAGACCCGGGAUCGAUUCUGGAUGUGAACAUAGUAUAUUUUUUUACAGUAAGAUGCCCAAAUUUUUAUUUGAGACUCGCCGAACGGCAUAAAAAAGAUGUGGGUUCAACUUUCAUUUUAGAACAAUUUUUCAAGCAAGGGAAGGGAAUGAUCUGAGCAUGCAGGAGGACUGACCCAUCAUAAACCUUUGUCGGCUGUGCUGAAGAGAAAGGUACGGAACCAAAUUAUUUAAUUAAUUAGCUGCGCGUUCUCCUGUCCUCUGUCCUCCGGGCCACACACACACAAGCGACUGUCUCAGCUGUUAUUUUCGUUAAGGAGUGUGCACGUACAGCAUGCGCGCCUCGUGCACGAGCCUACUAUUGAAGCUGCCGCUACGCUUUUGGCCUGAGGGGGCAAUCGCAAGCAUAUAAAUUCAAACUCUGUAAAGUCCCUUUAAAAUGACUUUUCUAUGAAUAAACUGUGGUGUCGCGCCUUUUCACACUAUUCUCAAAAAGUGAUCCGUGAAACUGCUGAUGAAUCUGAAAGAACUAAAACAGCUGAAUUUUCCUAAAUCUGGAGCGAUGCAGCAUUUCACAGACAGUGGUCACAUAUUUCUCACCUUGCAUUUUAAAAAUUGAUCAAAACAGUCAACAUUUCUAUCUGCCUAAUGGCGUUUUCACAUCAGGUUCGGACCGGUUUCGGUUGGGUCAGCCCGCCCCCGCGCAGCCAUGUUUUGUUCACACCAUGAUGUCUGUGGUUCUCAGGGAUGUUGAUGUCUCCGAGCAUUCGGGCGGGGCAAAAGAUGCAGGGAGAAGUCUGGAUCCGAAUGCAUUAUUAAACUAUCAUUCAAUUUUAUUUAAACAAACAUUUACUUAAAGGAGCAAUAUGUGAGAAUUUUUCUGUGAAAUAAUCACAAAACAUCCUAUUGGUUCAAUCGUGCUGGAAGGAAGGUUACAUUGAAACUGAUUUCCUUCUCAGCUGGCUGGGGAAUUUUUUGUUUUUCUCCUUUCAAAAGAACAAAAGAGGGACGUAGUUACUGUUUAUAAUCAGUGAGCCAGUGAGGUUGCCAAGUCUGUGCUGAGCUAACGCUGCAGCGUCAGCAUUUCUAAUCCCACAGCGGCAAAAGGCUUCAGACUUGUAUAAAGAACCAAAGCCAGCAGGAGCAACCAGAAGUUAUUUCUUGUACCCCUAAGAGGCGUAAAAAGCUCUACGCUGACUUGUUUUGCUACAGGAUUCUGGGAUCCAACUGUAAUGAACUCAAAAGUAGAGACGGGUUCAAAAGCAAGUAGGCGCCUGCCCUCACAUAUCAGGCCUCAAAUAAACACUCGGAAGAGUUUUUCUGUCCAAAUACGAGUGUUAAGGCCGUGUACAAACUCUGAUACUAAAUAUUAACUUAUGAACCAAACUGGUCACUAAUGUGUCUGGUUUCAUGUUAAAGCUGCUCAAAACUAAAGAUUUAGCACAUUUAAUUCUGACUGAUUCAUUCCCAAAAGAAUCUAGUUAAAUAUGUUUAGUUGAUGUGCACAUGAAGUGAUGAUUGUAAUAUAAAUGACAGAUGAAUGUUGAAUUUAUGAGUUCUGGUUUACUGAAACUGGUGAUUCCUGUUCUGCUGUGUUAUUUGGUCCUCUUGGAGGAAAAGAGUCGAUUACAAAUGGAGAUGUUUUAUUAUUAUUUAUCUUUGUUUACUAAUCUAAUAGAGUGAAAUCUGAUGUAACCAGUGAGAACGCUGGGAACUACUUUCAUCUGUGGAUUCACAUUAAUCUCACCAACAUUUGGCUUAGGUGGGUCCACCUAAAAACUAACUGUGAACAUUCCCAUAACUCUACAUUAGAUGUAGAAUAUGACCAGAUGUUUAAUGGAAUGUGAGACCACCCAGUUAGCCAAUGAUCAGGUUAACCUUAACGGCUGAAGUGAAAAACCUUCUGAGGAACUACAGCUUUGUUUUUAAUGCUUCUUUUGAAGUUUAAAGAUUUGGGGAGCAGGAAGUUUGACUUUUUCACAACAACAACCACAUUCUUUUGAGAUGUGGAGAAAACAGCUGCUGCUCUACCAGAUUCGUCCUUAAUUUAUUAUUUCCCUUUAACUGGAGAUACUUGAGAUGAAUCAACCAAUCAAUACUUUAUUAAUCCCAGAGGGAAAUUAGUUUCAGUACACACAAUUCCGAGAUCAGACUAACAUGGGCAAGACACAUGACAAGAAUUGGUGACUGUGGUCAUUCGCAACCCUGAGUCGCGCUACCUUAAUAGAGAUGAGAGGGUUACAUGAGGAUUGGUUCAGGUAGAGGGAAAAAAAGGCACUUCAGAGUUACCCUCCCACCAGGAGGGCAGAUUUGCUCUGCAAAAAAACACCUCAAACAUAUAUGCAACAGACUUCAGACAACACAACAUAACAUGAGACUCCAAUAGGAAGGCAUGGGGGGACAAAGAGCCUUGGGGAAAAAAAAGAUAAGGAAGCGAAAGAGAGAAGUGUCUGUACUCCUCGAGUGCCUUGAAGAAUGAGAUGAAAACAUCUCUUGGUGUGUAAGUGUUGAAAAUGUGUGUUUCAGUGAGUUUGCAUUAAUAAAAGCCUUAACAGGUGUGUGUGUGUGUGUGUGUGUGUGUGUGUGUGUGUGUGUGUGUGUGUGUGUGUGUGUGUGUGUGUGUGUGUGUGUGUGUGUGUGUGUGUGUGCAGGCUCAUA